AUGCCAGACGACUCAAAAUCCCCUUCUCAUUCACCACCUUCCAAAUCACCGCCCUCGAAUCCGAAACUGUCCCCAAUUCUCCCUCUUGCGCCCCUCGAAUACCUUCAGAACCAGCGACGAGGGUCUAUAACAGAUCCCUCAUUACAUGCAGCCCCCUUGUCCCAAAAACCAACACCCCAACCUCAUCCAUUUAGACCCCAUGCCGACCCUUCGACUUCAUUGAAUUCGUCUCCUUCGGCAUUUAUCAAAGACAAUUACACAUUUGGAGAUGCAACUCCACGUACACCCGCCAGCGAGAGUACUCAGUUGAGGAGACUGCUCCACUCACCUUCACACGAGCAAGAGGGCAGUCCGCCCAACGGGAAAGCGGCAAGAGGUGAGUUGGAACUGAAGGAACGAAGCAGACUGAUGUAUGUCAAUGGAACGUCAGAGUCACCGAGAAGAGCGAGCAUUGACCCGUUGUCAAUGAGAAGACCAUCGACAACAGGACCAGAGCUAGCCCAAAGCUAUCUAGGAAAACGGAAGAUGUCAUUAGACCGAGGGUUACCUGGAGUGGAGGACAUGGAGGGACCAUUGGCAGGACCAGGGGUUAGUGGGAUGGACGUUGACGGGCCGGCGCCGAAACGAAGAAGUUCAGCGGUAGAUGCGAGAAUAGCAAAGUUGAGUCUGAACGACCGAAGGAAUUCAGUUGAUUCGCGGGGAACGACGACGGGAGGGUGGUGGACAACGGGUGGGACGACGAGCACACCAAGUGGAACGAGUGAAAGGCGGGACUCCACGUCGUCGUUGUCGACUUGCUCGUUAUUUUCUAAUCUCUCGGCCCUUUCGGCAAUUCCCGGAGGCGAGGGCCGAGGGCCGCCCAGUGUUGCAGCUUUCGCGUGGACAACCAACGGCCACUCGUCCGCAGAGUCCAUCCCAAUGCACCAAGAGACUGUAGACCCUUAUUCUCGCUCCCAAUUCGACCCAAAUCAACCUCAGCUUCCCAUAAUCCCUCCUCUUUCCUUUCCUCCUGAUAGGAGGAUGUCUGCUCCAGAUACAGCUGCUCCUCCGACAGGCCCUACUAGAGUCCUUCGUUCUCGUUCUCGACCUCCAUCGCGUCAAAUGCGUGCUUCAGAGCCUUCCAACUCUCAGGCGAGCCCAUCUUCCGCUCAAGAAGAUCAAUCCCCACCCGCCCCUAGCUCGACCAGUAAGGCUUCAAAGGAACCAGGCUCAACGCCCUAUUCUCGCUCACCAGAACUUCGUGUCUCUCACAAAUUGGCAGAGAGGAAACGAAGGAAAGAGAUGAAGGAUCUUUUUGAUGAAUUGCGCGAUCAGUUACCUGCCGAUAGAGGGAUGAAGGCGAGCAAGUGGGAAAUCUUGAGCAAGGCCAUCGAUUUUGUCCAGCAAUUGAAACAAAGUCAUCAGGAUAUGGCGAGGGAAAUUGACAUGCUGAGGGGAGAGCUAGACGUUCUCAGGCAGAACCCAGCAUUGGCCCAGUUUCCUCCCGGCGCGCCUGUUGUUUAUCCACACCCAGUACCAGGUCCAUAUCCUAUACAUCCUCAUCCACCCCCCAACGUUCCACAUCCACCUCAUGGCGUUCUUCCUCAUCCGCACGCGCCGCACCCCCAGCACCAUCCUCAACCUCCAGGACCACCUCAGCCUUCUUUAUCGCGACCCUCAUCAUCACAGAACAUUUAUUCUCCAACACCUGGUCCUAAUGCACAUCCGCAACCACCCCCUCCACAACAAAACGGAACCAUGACCCGAGCAGAAGUUCCUCCUACAUGA